AUGAAUAUCCUACAUUCUACUCUAUCAACCUGGCGAGAUCGCCUCGCCCCCGUCUCUCGAACCUCCACCUUCCGCAAUACCGGCCAAAUCACACCAGAGGAGUUCGUGCUUGCGGGCGAUUAUCUGGUCUACAAGUUCCCCACGUGGUCCUGGGCUGAUGCCUCCAGCCCAGCAAAGAGAGUUUCAUAUUUGCCAGAAGGCAAACAGUUUCUAGUAACCCGCGGCGUUCCUUGUCAUCGUCGGUUGAAUGAUAACUUCGCUGGUGAUGCGGGUACCGAUGAUGAGCUUGUGAGGGACAUGUUAUCUGGAGGGGAGGGGGAGGGUGCCACAACUGUGGAUGGAGACGAUGGCUGGUUGAGGACCGGUGGCGGCCGUGACUCUGCAGCGAACCAGAGCGAACAAGAAGCACGAAUCCGGGAUGUGCGGACAGUCGAUGAUUCCGGGAACCUGGGCGACCAAGAAGAUGACGAUGAGAUUCCAGAUAUGGAAGACGACGACGAUGAUGAGGAGGCUAUCAUCCGCGAGCCGGUUGGGCAGUCCGGAACAACACACCCCUCCCCCCCACACCUCAUGAUGGAAGAUAUAGUGGGCGACUACAAAGACAAGACCGUAACACUAGAAGACUUCCCCUGGUUUGACGGCAGCAUUAAGAUGGCAACCGUUCACCCAUGCCGCCACGCCUCCGUCAUGAAAACCCUCCUCGACCGUGCCGACGCAGCCCUCAAGCUCCGCCGAGAAAAGCUCAAGCAAACGCAAUCCCACGAAGAAGCAAAUCGCGUGCUCCAGGCCAGCGGCGGUCUUGAAGGCCUCGUCGAUGAAACAAAGGGCCUGUCACUAGGCGACCAGCAACAGCAAGGCGAUGAGUGGGAGGUCCUACAGGCCGACGAGGAAGAGCAGAACGCUAUCAGGGUAGAUCAGUAUCUGGUCGUUUUUUCUCAAAUUCAUCGCCAGCGUGACGCCAGGUAUCGAGCACGACUUUACGAUGGGAGUUUAAUGAGAGCUAAGAGCUUUUUUAUUUUGUUUUUCCACUUGGUAGCCUCAUCGAUACUCUGGAGGUGA